CAGUGGGCACGCUGCGCUGCCUCCCUCCUCCUCCUCUUCAUCGCGCUUUGUGGUGCACAUGGUCUCUCGCGCGCUUUAGUCAGUGUGCCUGUGAGCCCUGAACACAGAGCUGAGCGGCUCCGCACAGAUAAACUCUGAGAGUUACAGAUUUGAUCCCAGCCUUUGAAGCAGAGCAGUGAUCCACUCCGUUCAGAAGAACAAUGACUGCAAUUAAUACUCCUCGAGACAGGUACAACGCAGUAUGGAUCAUCUUUUUCAUCUUGGGGCUGGGAACUCUCCUGCCAUGGAACUUCUUCAUGACUGCCACCAUGUAUUUCACCAGCCGGCUAAAAGAAACGUCUACGAAUGGGGCUGCACAAAACCAGACAUCCAACAGCUCAGAGGCAGGAGGUGACACACGUACUGUCCUGGAGGCCAAGUUCAAUAAUGUGAUGACCUUAUGUGCCAUGGUGCCACUGCUCAUCUUUACCUGUCUCAACUCCUUCAUCCAUCAGAGGAUCCCUCAGAAGCUGAGGAUCUCUGGGAGUCUCUCAGUCAUUCUGGUGGUGUUUCUAAUUACUGCUAUAUUGGUGAAGGUGGACAUGGAGCCUCUGCCCUUUUUCACUUUCACCAUGAUCAAAAUCGUCUGCAUCAACUCGUUCGGUGCGAUUCUGCAGGGUAGCCUGUUUGGUCUGGCAGGAAUGCUCCCAGCCUCCUAUACAACUCCCAUAAUGAGCGGCCAGGGGCUGGCUGGAGCCUUCGCAGCGUUUUCCAUGAUCUGCGCUCUUGCCACUGGCUCAAAGUUGCAGGACAGUGCUUUUGGAUACUUCAUCACUGCCUGUGUUGUAAUACUCCUAGCCAUCAUCUCCUACCAUGCCCUGCCAAAGAUGGAGUUUUUCCAGUAUUACUCAGACACCAGUAGCCCCAGACCCGGCAGUGAUGAGGAGAACAAGAUGGACUUGUUGAGUAAAGAAGCCGCUGGAGAGAAGAGACCUGUAGUGAGUCUCACUGAUGAGGACACACAUACAGUGUCUGUGUUUGCCAUCUUCAAAAAGAUCUGGGUGAUGGCUCUGUCUGUGUGCUUUGUCUUCACGAUCACCAUUGGCACGUUCCCUGCUGUGACUGUGGAGGUUAAGUCCACUGUGAAAAAUGAUGAGAUUUGGGACACCUACUUCAUUCCUGUGUCCUGCUUCUUGCUCUUCAAUUUGAUGGACUGGGCUGGAAGGAGCUUGACUGCAGUGUGUAUGUGGCCUGGCAAAGACAGCAUCUGGCUGCCCAUUCUGGUAAUAGCACGUGUGGUGUUCGUCCCUCUCUUCGUUCUGUGUAACGUGCAGCCCAGGUACUAUCUGCCAGUUGUAUUCGCCCACGAUGCCUGGUACAUCAUCUUCAUGAUCCUCUUCUCGUUCAGUAACGGUUACCUGGCCAGCCUCUGCAUGUGCUUCGGACCCAAGAAAGUGUCCCAGCAUGAAGCGGAGACCGCAGGGGCCAUCAUGGCUUUCUUCCUCUCGCUGGGCCUGGCGCUGGGAGCAGCUCUGUCCUUUGGCUUCAGGGCCAUGAUCUAGAACCUUUGGUUCUGCAGCCACUCGUCAUGGUGCCUCCUAGGGAAAGUUACAAACCAUUGCCAACUGUGCCAGUCUGAAAACGAAGAGACAGAUUAAUAAUUGGACUCAAUCUGAGAAAACAGAAAAUGUUACUUAUAUUGGAAGACUUCUCAUUUUUACGGCAUUGUUCUUAUACAUUCACACAAAGCAGAGUUGCAGGAAACUGGAAAAGACCGUGUUGGGGAGGCAGAUGUUGGUGUAAAAGAAUCAGGUUCUCAGUUAUACACUUGAGCCAUUUGUACAAGCCAAAAGCAAUUUGUAUUUUAUUUUGACUGUUUUAUUUUUGUUUGUAUUUAGAAGUUUAGAGGUUAAAGAGAGAAGUGAGAGUUUAGUGUAGUAUUAGAAGAACCAUUUGCUCUUUUGAUGAGAUGUUUGUUUUUUAAAAAUGCCUUACUCUUACUCUAGUAUCAUUUGUAAUGUUUGUAUUUAAAGUAAUAGUAAUACAUAGUGACAGUAUGAACUUCAGCUGUAAACGAGGACAAUAGUGGUGCAUUAUUGUUGACAUAGCGUGCCUUUAAAAUAAUUUCUCUAGUUAUUAUUCUGAAACUACGUAUGGACAGUUCAAAUUAAUGAUCAUUUUAGUCCUUUUUAUAGUUUAGCUCACUUCUGUUUUAUUUUUUUAUGUUUUUUAAUAUGUUCAGUUACUAUUUGUGGAAUGCGUUUGUUUAAUUAAUGAAGAACAAGAUGCCUAACUGGCUUA